AUGCCCCCCCCCGAGUCAGAUGAGCAAGGGCAGGGGGGCUGGCAGCCGGGACGCAGCGAGAACACUGGGUCCCAGCCCUGCGUCUCUGCCCCCAGCCCCUCCCAGAGCGCCCAGGCAUCCGGGCACCCAGCGCCCUCCCUUUUCCCUUCCCUGCAUGCCGUGCGCCUGGAGCACACCCCCUGCAUCACACCCGGCUCCUCCUCUGCUGUCAUCCUCGCCUGCUCUCUGCCAGGGCCCAGCAUGGACCUGGACACGGGCUCCGGCUUCCCCCCGCACGUCAUGGCCCAGGUGCAAAUCCAGCCACCUGAGCAGGGGGCCACAGAGGUCACGGCCACGGCCGCCGGGAGCCUGCUGGACAGCCGCAGCCUGGACGGGGACGGGAUCAGCCAGGCCUACGGGCCGUCCCGGGGCCCCGAGGGCCGGCGCGCCACUAUCUCCAGCGCCCUGGAGCUGGAGGGCACGGUGAGCCGCGACGGGGACCUCACCCACUUCGUGGCCAACAACCUGCAGCUCGAGCUGGCCCGCUCCAUGCAGCCCGUCCAUGCCCUGGCCAAGCAGAUCCGCGAGCUCAAGCGGACCCUGGAGGUCUUCGAGGCGCUGUGCAAGUAGCAGCAGCCCCCCUGCUCCCACCCACCAGCCCCCAGCCCCUCCCCGAGACCCCUGGCAUCCGGGCUCUCAGCUCACCAGUCCUCCCACCCCCCUGCCCCUCACGCCCUCCCCCCCAACCCAUCAUAUCCCUCUCCCCUCCAGAGGAAUCUAUUUAUUCUCCGUGAUGUGCUGCUUGGCCCAGAGCAGGGGCUGGCGAGUGCCACCAAAGGGAGUCUUGUCCUUGUUUUCUGUGGGAGGAGAGCAAGGCUGGAUUGCUCAAGGGAUUUAGGUGCCUGCAGAGACACACUGGAGCAGGGGGACAGGUCUAGGGGCUGGUGCUGACCCAGGUGUAAUUUCUUCUGAUCCUGCCUUUCGUGGAUCUCCGGCCUGCUUGGAGAUGCCCCCGAACUUGCCCAGCCGCUGGCAUUGGGAUGUCUGGCCACCGGUCCCUGCCGGCUGUAAGUCCCGUUGGUGUCUUUUGUACGUCUGUGCGGUGCAUCUCGCACUGGCUGCUCAGGGCUGCUGUGUGCCGGGCCCUGAGGUUAUGCACAGUCCCCGCCUCAGUUUCCCUGCAUCCUGCAGAGGAUGGGGCUGGGCUGGCCAUUAAUAAAGCAAAGGCCUUUCUCA